UCAGUGCUCCGUCGCGCGGCAGGUGACGGCGCCCGGAGGCUGUCGGGAAGUAGGCGGGGUGACGUGGGGUUGACGCUCCGCGGCGGGUUUUGCUGAGGUCUGCGGCCGGUGGCAGCUUGAGCUGCGGGCUUCGGAGAGCGCGAGGUGGAGCGGGGCGGUGUGUGGUCGGGGCCAUGUCGAGCAAUGCCGGGGAGUGGUGUCUCAUGGAAAGCGACCCCGGGGUCUUCACCGAGCUCAUUAAAGGAUUCGGUUGCCGAGGAGCUCAAGUAGAAGAAAUAUGGAGCUUAGAGCCUGAGAAUUUCGAAAAGCUAAAGCCGGUUCAUGGGUUAAUUUUUCUUUUCAAGUGGCAGCCAGGAGAAGAACCAGCUGGCUCUGUGGUUCAGGACUCCAGACUUGAAACAAUAUUUUUUGCUAAGCAGGUAAUUAAUAAUGCUUGUGCCACGCAGGCUAUCGUAAGUGUACUACUGAACUGUACCCAUCAAGAUGUCCAUUUAGGAGAGACAUUAUCAGAAUUUAAGGAAUUUUCCCAAAGUUUUGAUGCAGCUAUGAAGGGGUUGGCAUUGAGUAACUCAGAUGUGAUUCGACAAGUGCACAACAGUUUUGCCAGACAGCAGAUGUUUGAAUUUGAUACAAAGACAUCAGCCAAAGAAGAAGAUGCUUUUCACUUUGUCAGUUAUGUUCCAGUUAAUGGAAGACUGUAUGAAUUAGAUGGAUUAAGAGAAGGCCCAAUUGAUUUAGGUGCAUGCAAUCAGGAUGACUGGAUUACUGCAGUGAGGCCAGUAAUAGAGAAGAGGAUUCAAAAGUAUAGUGAAGGAGAAAUUCGAUUUAAUUUAAUGGCCAUUGUAUCUGACAGAAAAAUGAUAUAUGAACAGAAGAUAGCAGAGUUACAGAGACAGCUUGCAGAGGAGGAACCCAUGGAUACAGAUCAGGGUAGUACUGUGUUAAGUGCUAUUCAGUCAGAAGUUGCCAGAAACCAGAUGCUUAUUGAAGAAGAGGUACAAAAGUUAAAAAGAUAUAAGAUUGAAAAUAUCAGAAGGAAGCAUAACUACCUGCCUUUCAUUAUGGAAUUGUUAAAGACCUUAGCAGAACACCAGCAGUUAAUUCCACUUGUGGAAAAGAUAUUCUCAUGUAGGGGAAGGAAUCUUUAAUAAGUUUCCCAAGUGAUUCUAAUGCAACUGAUCUGUGUACCACAUUUUGAGAAACACUUUGAGAAGACACUUCUAGGCAAAUAAAAAUUUGGACCAUUAAUUUAAAGACAAGAAUACAUGGUAGGUAUAUUUUUCUUAUUGAUUUUAAAGUGUACAAAGCAAACAUACAUUUUUGUCCCAGAUAUUUCAUACUAUAAAUACAAAAUAAUAUUGAGAUUUGAAUUCAUAAUAUAUUUGUGUUUACCUUAUUACCUGAAACAUAUGACUCACUUUUUAGCAUUAAAUUUAAACUUAUUGUAGAAGAUUGGUAACUCUUCUGUUGAUGCUUCUCAGGAUGAGAAACUGAUUUUCAAUCUUUUAUUAACAACUAGGACCUUGUGAUCCUCAAUUUUUUUUUUAUCAGGAUAUCUAGAUACAGUAUUCUUUGAAAUACCAUGAACUAUUUCUGUUUUAAAAAUAUUAAGUAGUGAUGAGUGUGGUGGUGCAUACCUAUAAUUCUAGUACUUGGAAGUCGAGGCUAAUGGAUUCAGAAUUCAGUCAUCCUGAACAAAUUUCUGAUUGGAAACCUAUGGACAAAUUAUCACUCUAUUUAAUGCUAACUAUUCUUUAAUGUUUGUUUCAAAAUACAGUAUUUUUGUGUCGAUUAGGAAAAAUUUUGUGCUUUGAAAAAAAAAUCGUCCAUGACAGUGUGUUCCCCAGAUGAUGAUUUUGAGAGCUUAGAGUAACCUUUGCAAAGACUGUCUUGGACACAUGGUGGCAGUAUAUGGAUAUAUAAUAUUAGUGUUACACUAGCGCUGUUGCUCUUUCUGUUUGCAAAUUUUUUAAGGAAGGUGGUUAUCGACUGUCUAGUCUACCUAGUUCUUAGAAAUCUUUAAUCUGUAAUACUAUACAAGCAAUGUGUAUGUUUAUUCUUUCUACCUGUACAGUGCUAACUUCUAGGUUUUGAGGAUAUUUCAAUUCAUAUUUGAUUGAAAUGUUUUAAAUUGUUCAUCUCAUUUAUCUAAUUGCAAUUAUAUUCCGGACAUUUUAUUAUGGUAUAUAAAUUUACUCACCCAAUUUGUGGCAUGGUUUUGGAAAGAAUGGAACAAUUAGAGUCUUCUGUGUAGUAUCUUAAGAUUAAUAUCAGCAUCGAGUCUUGUGAAAAAUUUUAGACAUAGUAACUUCUAAUUUUCUUAGCGCAUAUGUGUUUUUGUCAUUUUUUUUGUGGAAAAACAACUAAACAAGUUAUUAUACCACUUUGGAACUCUUUUAAUAAGCAAAGCAAAUUGAAAAGCAGGUAAAAUAGAUUAUAUUUUAAAGUUAUAAAAAAUAAAAAGCUAUCAUGGUGUUCGUUAAUUGUAAUACUUUCAAGAAAAAUUAUGUAUAGAAUCUAGAUAUGGAUUGGGAUUUGGACUAUUUGGAACUUAGUUUGUUGGUUGCUCCCCCAGCCCCCUCUAAGGAAUUGUCUAUUGUGGUGUGAAGGGGGAUAGGAGGGGCAGUGCAGGGAUGGUGAGCCACUUAGUGGUGCUAGUGGUCUGUCUACAGUUGGCCGACAUGGCUGUCUAUAUAGCCAAUGGUGAAAGUAGUUGGGGCAAAAAAACUUUCAUUUUAUUGAAUAAGAAACAAAAAAACUAAUUUUCUCUUGGUCUUGUGACUCUAAUGACAUAGAAUAAAAUUUUUUUGGUUUUAUUAUGAGAGUUGAAUACAUUGCAUAUAAAUUGCUCAGGAGGUAACCUAAAAAUAGUUGUAACACUUACUGUACCAUAUACCAAAUCUGUUCCCUGAAACAUAAAAUUAGCUAGAUUAAGAUUCCAUUUGUGAGUCUUCUAUACUUACAAUACUGUAAGAAAUUUGGUUUCAGCAUAUGUAUGUAUCUAUACACAAGUAUGCCUAAUUCUAAAUCCUUGUCUAUUUCACCUUUUUAAACUUCUGGUACCUUUCAUGUAAAAUCCUGAAUGUAUUUGAUAAAGGGAUCCAAAUGAAUUGAAUUUUGACUCAAUUGAUAAUAGUCGUUAUUCCUUAAAACUUCUGUCUCUUAAAUAAAGAAGUGGGACAAUGAUCACAAUUUUUUUGUUAUUUUUAGUAAGCAUUUUGUAAACUAUAUUCAGAAACUAAUAACAAAAUACUAAGUACUUUUCUUUCUUCACUUUGUAACUGAAAUUCAGUUGUAUAGGAAGCUUUGCUAGAGGUGCUGUUGCGUGUCUGUAAUCUGAGCACUUAGGAGGCCUGGGCAGGAGGGUUGUGAGGUAUAGAGCAAUGUUGGACUAGAAGGUAAAACUGUGUCUCAAAAAUAAAGAAGCUAAAUGGAAAAAGAAAGGAAAUUUUGUAUAGGAUUUGUAUACAAAUUAAAUUGCAAAUUAUUCUACUAACUAAAAAUGUUUAUAUAGGCAACUAAUUUUGCUACUUUUGUGUAGUAGUUAGAUUUUAGAUAAUGCCUGUAUUUUAUGUAUAAAUGUUUUUAUAAUAAUUUGCUCUCGAUUUUCUGUGGUUUAUUCCCUUCCCACCUCAUUCUUAACUCAAGGACUUUUCUCAGGCUACCACUGAGCUGUACCCAGCUAUCUUUAUCCAUUUUAUCCAGCUGGUCUUGAACUAGCCAUUCCAUCUCAGCCUCCCAAGUAGCUAGAUUAUAGGCCUGUGCCACCACAUCCAUUAAGUCUAAUGCUUAGCUCUCAGUUUUAUCAUAUUGCUGCAUGAUAGUACCUAACGCAUCAUAAAAAGUUGUACUAAUUUUAGUUAUUCUAUUUUUUGAUUGUAUAAUACAGAAUUCUUAUUUAUGGUUCGUUUUCAAAGACCAGCAGAAUUGGUAUCACAUGAGAAUUUGUUUUAUUACUGAAUCAUCUACAUUUAAAUAGGGACCCCAGUUGGCAUACAUAUUGAAAAGCACUGCUUGAGAACAUGUGUCUUUGACGUCUAUUGAAACUUCACUGUAUGUUAACUGUGUGGCUUUGGUCCACUUUGAUAAUAUCUGUGAGCCUUGGGCUGCUUUGAUAAUAUCUUUACUUUGGUUACUUUACUAACGAAUAGAAUUACUGUAUUUAAUACUGUAACUAUUAAAUUAAAUGACAUAUGGAAAACAUUUAGGUUUAAUAAAUUUACUGAGACUACUGAUUUAUAUAUAUAUGUAUGUAUAUAUGCAUGUAUGCUUUUAGUGAUAUUAAGUUCAUCAAAACUGUUAAAUUCAUUUACUUCAAUAUAAUGAAAGCAUAAAGAAUUUAUUAGAAAUAGUUUGAGUAAGAAAUAGACAAAUAAUAUAUACUUUUAGAAUUAUUGUGGUUGUUUGGCUUAUAGAAUGAGUAUAUUUUAAUUACUAUAAUCAGUACAUUUGAUCUUCUGUAAACCAAAAAUGAUCACCUCUACUGAGGGAAGAUAACUUUAGGAUUCAGCAGAAGUUGCAAGUCUCAAGUUAGAAACUGCCAUGCUCUCAGUGUCUCAGAACUCGGGUAUCUCAGUACUUGUUCAUUUGUUUAUUCGUUAAUCUCUUUCCUUUCUAUGUUGCCAGGCCAGCCGCUCUCUUACAUCACCAUGCCCAGUCCUACCACACAGGCUCUAGUAGCUUGAAUGAUGUAUAAGCCUUAUCCCUUGUGAUACCUUUGGAUACAUUUUACUUUAGUAUGAUCUAAAACAAUCUUUGAGAAGUAAUAUGCUAUCUUUAAUUUUUAGGCAAAAGAAAAACAGAAUGCAAAGAAAGCUCAGGAAACUAAGUGAAGAGGAUAUUUGGACAUGUGUACACUGCUGCACUUAAUUUCAUGGACACCAUUAAAUAAAAGAAACUUUGAACAACAUCCUAAUUGACUCAGUGCACGUUUGGCAUAGUACCAGUCUGUCUUUAUGCAUGGAGUUAAAACUCUUUCCUUACCUGCAUCAUGUGUAUGUAGUGCAUAUUAAAUAAAAGUGACAUAAAAA